AUGGAGUUGCAAGUUUGCCUUCUCGUGAACUACCCGAAACACUAUUCUAACAGUCCAGAAGACACUCUUGCUCUACUUUAUGCAGCUCAGGUAAUUCAAAGGCUAUUAUCGUCUUUCUGCCAUAUUUGUUUUGAGUGCAUAGCUCACCUAGAGCAAGCAUUGAAUUUAUUCAUGGAAAUUGGAAGACUCAGCAUGUCUGCCAGAUAUUGCAAGGAAAUUGCUGAAUUAUACGAACAGGAGCAAAAUUUGGAGCAUGCCAUAGCUUACUAUGAUAAAGCAGCCGAUCUUUUCCAAGGUGAAGAAGUGACACCUUCUGCAAACCAGUGCAAACAGAAAAUUGCACAAUUUUCAGCUCAACUAGAACAGUAUAAGAAAGCUAUAGAGAUUUGCGAUGAGAUAGCACGACAGUCGCUCAAUAAUAACUUGCUAAAAUACGGUGUUAGAGGGCAUCUACUGAAUGUUGGCAUUUGCCAACUCUGUAAAGGCGAUGUUGCAAUCACAAAUGCAAGUGAGCGUUACCAGGAAUUGGACCCCACGUUUUCAGGAACACGCAAAUACAAAUUGCUCGCGGAUAUAGCUGCUGCUAUGGACGAAGAUGAUGUUGCAAAGUUCACUGAUGCUGUCAAGGAGUUUGACAGCAUGACUAAACUGUCGUCCAUGAAGACUUCCAUUAUUCUGCAGAUACAUGAUCGUCUCAAAGCUGCCAGGGAUAGACAGAAAAGC